AUGAUGUUCCGUCUCAAGAAGGUUCCGAUACAAAUUGGUGGGGCCUGGCGUGCCCUGGGCAUUGCAGAGGGCUCCUGCUCCGGAGCCACCUGCGAGUCGCCCGAAGGCGACGGGGGCGAACAGGCCUCCGGGCCCCGUGCUCCCCUGGACUUGGGUGAGGCUCCUUCUGCCACUGGUUCGCCUUCUGCUCCUUGGCUUUCUCGUGCUUCCUCUCCCGCUUGGGUGCCAGAGUCCCCCUUGCACGGCCUUCCGGGGCCCCUGCCUUCACUCCGGGUCCGCUCACCUUCCGACCAGACCCCGGCUACACCGAAGCGGGCCGCCAGAGCCGCUCCCCGAUCUUUGCUGUCCUCACCCUCGCGUGUGCCAGAGUACCCCUUGCAGGGCUCUUCGGAGUCAAGGUCUCAGAUCAAGGCCUCCUUUCCAUUGCUUUCUGUUGAGCUCCGGGACACGUGCCGGAACCUUCACGGAGGCUCUCUGGAUUGGCGAUUGAGGGCCUUGAGAGCUUGGGAAGCUGGCUGUUGGGCCAGGGCUGUCUUGGACCAGAGGGUCUCCACUCCGAAUAGCCUUGGGUCCGUGGGCCUCCCAAACAGGCUCUACUGUGUGCUCGUCGCAGAGGGUCUCGACAGGCCGUGUGUGGUGAGGACCUUUGCUGCCUACAAGGCCAUUGUAGGUGAGCUGCGUCCGGGCGGCUCUGUGUCGCACGGUUUUCCUUCCGAGGCCGAGGCUAGGCUUUACUUUGCAGGCGGUGUUACCCUGCUAGAGUUCCAAUGGCCGUUCCCAGCCGAUCCGGAUGCCGACGGCGAGGAAACGCUUGCAGGGCAGUCCAACGAGGAGGCGGCGGGCAUUGGGCCCUCUCUCGAGUUGAUGGCCCCGGCCGUCCGUCUGAGCGGCCAAAAAAAGUGGCGUACGGCCGAGUCAGGGGAGCUCGUGGCCGCUUUGGUGGUGGAUCUGCCUGCGUCUCUUGUGGGGGCGCUGUCCGUGCCCGAGCUGACGGCUUUUGGGGGUGUCCCUUUCAUGCAAGAGGACCCGGGCCUUUUCCCCCUCGCCUCGGACGUCCUGCGUCAAACUCAGGAGUGGGCGGCCGAAGCGCUUGGCGAGCUAAGGUCUGGCUACCAUACGGCGGCCGAGGAACCGGUACCACGGCGAACUUACAGGGUGCUGGGCCUUCAGCCCGACUUGCCGGCCAGUGUUUACCAAGACGUGUCUGGGUCGGCCGGCCCGGCCGCCAGAGCUUUCUCUCCGCUGGCGGAACAGAAGUGGGUUACAAUAGGCCUCUCUUACUUGAAGGAAGUCGAGACCAUCACGGCCCGGAGGGCCGAGCUGCAGCCGCCACGCAAGCACCCGCAGCCACCACAUGUACCGCCGGAGGUCCCAAAGGCUCCCACCAAGACCGACCAGGAAGCCUUGACAAAGAAGCAGGCGCGCGGGGCAGCCUGGGCCGCAAAGCGCGCGGCCGCGAGCAAACUGGUCCUGAAAAGUGGGACCGCCUUUGGCCAUUUCUUGAGUUCCACACUGCCCCUGUGCCGCGACCCCAAUUUGGAGGUCGCUACCGCCUUGUUCCCGCUUCCGCUGCCGUCCGACGGCCUUUUCUUGAAGCGGUCCCGGAAGCGCUCACAAAAGCGCAGGCUGCCCUACCUGACUAGGGUUGCCCACCAUGUGCUGGUGAUGUCUCUGAAUUUCCUCCACUCUGGGGGGAAGCACAUACCACCGGCCUGUUUGCGGAGGCCUCCCUCGGAGCUGCAAGCCUCAGCUUUGCACCGUCUGAUGGAGCUUGUGAAGGCGUGUGCCCGUUUGGGAGGUUCCACUCUCACGUCGGGCCGUCGUGGCAUCCAGCUUGCUGCUCGCCAUGCUGAGGUGCUUCACUUUUUGAGGGCCGCGGGCCUUGAUGAAACCUGCUAUUUUGGGAAAGCGGGACGAGCGGCCGCCGUGCCCGAGUUUGGGGCCCCGCUUGUGCCUCACCUGCCUGGUGGUCCCGAGGAUCUGGCACCCUAUCGGGACUUGGAUUCAGAUCGCAUUGCGUUGUCGGGCACAGGCUCCUGGCCGCUUGAAAGGCAUCUGGGCCCCGACCUCCUUAUGUUGUAUUUGGAGCCCCGUGCCCUCCGCUCCUUUGUCCCUGCACUUGCGCCUGGCCCUACUUUCGAACACGAGUCCAGGAGCCAGACCCUCGGGCUCUUUAGGAAGUGGGAUGCUUUAGGGCUUUUAGGCAUAGUGCAAGGCCCCCUACAUACCACUGACCUCGUGCGCAUCUUCGGGGCUUACAAAGACCCUGGAAGGGACAGGCAGAUCGGCGACCGCCGAAAUGUGAACAACAAGGAGGCCCGGAUUGUGGGAGGACCGUCCUCCCGGCUUCCGGCCGGCAGCCUUCUCACUCGGCUCUCGUGCCCCCUUCCGUCUUGUGCGCUCUUCGGGUCUUGCGUCGACCGCCAGGAUUUCUACCACCAGGCAAAGGUCAGUGAAAGCCGGGGACGCUCGAAUGCCAUUGGGCCAGUCUUUUCCCUGCAGCAGUUUUACGGUACACAGGCAUACGCAGAUUUCAUGGCCAAGGCCGAUAAGGCCAUCUUGUCGCACGCUGGUGCCUGCUCCCUUUUCCGGCCGGCUUCCGUUCUUGCUUCUGCGGACCUCCCGGUCCACGGCACGUUCUUGAGUUUGCUGCAAGGCGACCAUGCCGGCGUGGAAUUUGCUUGUGCGGGGCAUGAAGGUCUUCUUCGCUCCUGUGGCGUGCUGGGGGACCCUGCCAAGGGGAGACUUCUGAACCGGUGCCCGGUCGCGUGCCACGGCCCCUGGACAGGUCUCAUCAUUGAUGACCUUUUUUGCAUCUCCUGUGAAAGGAGCCCUGGCCCUGAGAGCCCUGCUGCCGCCUAUGCCUCCGAGAGCGAACGCCUGCUGAGGACCGCGAAAAACGCCUACGAGUGUGAAGGAGUACCCGGCUCCGACCACAAGGACCAGUUCAGCCAGCGGGUUUUGUGGCAGGCUUCCCUUGUCAUAGCCUCUGGCCGAUGGAUUUCGGAGGAGCUUGCUUCGAUCCUUGCGGGGUCCUGGGUCACUGCCCUCCUCUACCGUAGGGCGCUGAUGGCGGCUAUCGGGGCCCUGUUCUCCCUCGGAAAAAAGGAGGCUUGCUCUGAUGCUUCCCGGCUUCGGCCUCUUCCUUCAGCGGCUCGCCAGGACCUUGUUCUGCUUGCGGCCCUCGUGCCGGCUAUGGUCUCGAAUGUGUCUGCUGAGUUCUCUGCCGAGGUCUCUUGCUCGGAUGCUUCGUCCUCGCGGGGGGCAGUUUGUACCGCUGCCAUUCGCUCUUCUGUCGCGGCGCACCUUUGGCAAACAGCUGACCAGAGAGGUUGGUACACUCGCCUCGGGGUGGAGGCCUCUGAAGAGCCCCCCUCUCCUGAGAACAGCCCAGACGUCGAGAGGCCGAUCGCUUGCAGAUAUGACUUCAUUGAGGUUAGAUGCGGCGGGCCUUGGCUCACUGGGCUCUUAGGUGCCGGCUGCUCUGUUGGGCCCGUGGUGGACUUCCGGGCCUCCCCUCACUUUUCCCUUCGCGAGCCUCGCUGUCUGGAGUGGAUCCUUUUCAUGUUGCAAGACGACAGGCUGAGGUCGGUUCUGCUGGUGCCCCCGGUCGGCUCCUUCUCCUCGGCUUUUUUGCCACGCGUCCGCGCCUGGGAUCUGCCUCGUGUCAGGGUCCAUUCUGGGCGCACUCGGCAUGAGGAUGCAAUUCUCCGGGCGGCUCUCUGUGUGCUUCUCGUUGCUACCAGGUGCAAUGCUAUCGCUAUCGUCCUCCACCCUUUGCAGAGCUUUGCUCGUGGCACUCCUGAGUGGAGGAACCUUUGUGCGCGCCGGGGAGCCUUCGAGACUACACUUGUUGGCUGUGACGCUUUUUCCACGGCCCCUCAGCCUGCUGUUGCUUUGGUUUCGGCGGCUGGGCGUCCUGAACUUGCUCGUGCCCUACCUUCCCUUCCAGUACUUCGUGGCACUUCUUGUGCCGGUCCCUUUGCUGAUGCUUUGCGGGCCUCCUUGUGCCUCUUGCCCACUGACGCCGGGCCCAGACCUGGUCUUGAGAGCCUGCUCUUCAAUGACGUUAUGCUGACGUCAGCCUGGCAGGUCACCCGCUCCUGGGCCUGGCGGGACAGGCCGCAAAACAAUGUGCUUGAGGCUCGCUCCUUUCUUUGUGCUCUCCGUGACAGGGCUGGUUGUGGCCAGGAUCGCCGUUUCGUGCAUGGCUUGGACUCCUAUGUUUCCUUGGGCGCCCUUACCAAAGGGAGAACUUCUUCGAUUCGGCUCCUGCCCUUGGUCAAGCAGUCAGCUGCGAUUCAGGCUGCCUAUGGCCUCUAUCCUGGUCUGCACUUCUGCCCCACCAGGCUGAACACUUCCGAUGAUCCGACUAGGUGCGGCGAGACUUUGACAGUACGCUUGGUUACCCUGGGGAAGGGCCAGCUGCACCAUCUGGUGCAAGGCUCGGCACACAACUUGGUGAAGGCCGGCCAGUCCUUGACCGGACCACGCGGAAUCGGCAACAACUGCUUCAAGCCUUCGGUCGUCGCGUCUUGGCUGGUUGCAUAUGGGAGACAGCUCUUUGAGGCCGGGGGCCUGGGACCUUGCUUUCAGCUGGAUGGCAAAGGUAUCUUUGGCCUCAGCUGGGGGGGCUUGCUAAGGAUUGGCGAGGCUACUUCAGCUAGGAGGUGCGACCUUAUCCUGCCGUCCGACGUGUUGUUCCUUCAGGCUUUUGCCCUUAUUCGGAUCGAAGAGCCAAAGACUCGCAUGAGAAUGGCGAGGCACCAGAGCGCGAAGCUGGAGCAGAGCGACCUGGUUGCUUUGGCCCACCUGGCCUUUGCGGAUCUGCAGCCUUCGUGCCGGUUGUGGCCCCAGUCCGCUCAGACUUUGCGACGCCGCUUUGACCUCGUUCUGGAGAGGAUUGGCUUGCCCACUGCCCGUGGCACGCGUCGGCCUUUGGACCUUGGUUCUUUUAGGCCAGGUGGCGCAACUUUUCUUAUGAGGCAAACUGAAGAUAGCGAGCUGGUGCGACGGAGAGGAAGGUGGGCAUCACAGCGAGUGAUGGAGAUUUAUAUACAGGAGGUCCAGGCUGCCGUGUACUUCCCUGCGCUUCCCUUUGAGCUUCGUGAGAAAAUCUUGUGCCUCGCACAUGCUUUUACGGCGCUUCUGGAACAGGCGCGCACAUGGAAACGCGUUGGCGUCCCGCCUGCCUCCUGGUACUCAUUGUUUUCUGCCGGCGAGCGGCCUUUCACUGGUCUAUAA